AUGAUCCGGCUACACUUUGGCUCAAUCAGCCACUGCUUUAUUGCCUUGGAUCAACCGUCGAGUGCUCUAGUAUAUUUCCUCAAACCAUCAGACGCGGGCUAUCAAGCCGAGUCACUCAAUGGUGCAAUUGCCGACGGACAGCGCAUCUCUGUCAAAGCCAUCAAGGAGACCAAGUUAGGGGGCCUAGCCCUCCUUUGUAGAAUAACCUGA